AUGAGCAGUACAAAUACUGUAGUGCUGGCAUGGAGAGAGAAGUCAAAAAAACUUCUUAAAAUGACAUCUUUUGACGUUGCUCAAGGCAUUCACGCUUUUGAUUACCACUCUCGGCUCAAUUUAAUUGCAACAGCUGGCAUCAACAAUAAAGUUUGCCUUUGGAAUCCCUAUGUCCUGUCUAAACCAGUUGGUGUUCUAUGGGGUCAUUCAGCCAGUGUCAUUGCAGUUCAAUUCUUUGCUGAGAGAAAACAACUUUUCAGCUUCUCCAGGGAUAAAGUUUUGAGACUCUGGGAUAUUCAACACCAGCUGUCCAUUCAAAGGAUAGCUUGUUCUUUACCCAAAAGCCAGGACUUCAGGUGCCUUUUCCACUUUGAUGAAACCCAUGGACGACUUUUUAUCUCCUUCAAUAAUCAGCUUGCCUUGUUGGCCAUAAAAAAUGAAGCCAGCCAGAGGGUGAAGAGCCAUUUGAAAGCAGUCAGUUGUGUUCUUUACAAUUCCCUCCAGAAACAGGUAAUCAGCUCUGAUGUGGAGUCUACUGUGUCCUUCUGGAUGAUAGAAACUGGGCAGAAAAUCAAACAGUUUGCUGGUUGUCAUGGCAAUGCUGAGAUCAGCACCAUGGCCCUGGAUGCAAAUAAGACCCGGCUUUUGACUGGCAGCACAGAUGGGACUGUUAAGGUAUGGGACUUUAACGGAUAUUGUCACCAUACUCUUAAUGUUGGGCAAGAUGGAGUUGUGGAAAUUUCACAGAUCCUAGUUCUUAAGAAGACCAUCCUGGUUGUGGGCUGGGAGAGAGUGGUUACUGUAUUUCGACCUCAGAACUUUAAUCAGUUUUUCAUCCAGUUUGAAGAGUGGAAAGGCGGAGUCCACCACCAAGAUGACAUCUUGUGUGCUGCAUUUUUACCCCCACAAACUCUUGCUACAGGGAGCUAUGAUGGAGAAAUUAUUUUAUGGAAUAAUAACACAGAAAAUGCUCACCAUGUGCUUCACCCUGAUUACCAGAGGCAGCUAGCAUCUGUGUUAGAUAUAGAAGCCCAAAAGCUUAAUGCCAGGAGAAGCUGUGCAACUCCCUGUGUGGCAGACCAGGCUACACAGGUCGCCCGAAAUGUAAAGAUUGACAUGGAAGGUAAUAAUGCUGUUAUGAGGCUUUGCUUCCUUGAAGCAAGGAAAACCAGUGCAGCCACAGGAGGUGCUAACCUUGUGUCCUGUGGAGCGUCUGGUUAUGUCAGGUUUUGGGAUACAUUUAGGAAAGUACUUCUGGCUGAAUUUUUGGCUCAUGCUGGUGUUGGAUCCAUUAUCAUGUCUAUUGAUAAACUGAAUCAAUACCUUGCCACUGGAGAUCCUGACGGAUGGUUGAAAAUCUGGAACAUAAAGGAAUAUUGUACUAAUUCCCGUGAGAGCAAAAUUACCCAGACUCCAGCUCUGCUCAGAUCAUUUAAACCUCAUGAGGACCGGAUAAGUGCCUUGGAGAUGUGUGAGUCUGGUGGUCAUUUGCUUAUCAUUUCUUCCUCUGUGGACUGCAGUGUCUGUGUGACUGGACUUUCCAAUGCUCCUGCCUUGAUCUUUGGUCAGGCAAGCCACUGGAAUAUUGAAAACUAUUUUUCUCUUCCUAAACGAGAUACUAAUUUAAAAGAAAGUAAUAUUCAAGAGGAAAGUAAAAAAGUAUACCCUUUAUUUUCUGAAGAGGAGUCAAGCUUAGACUCAACAGAACAGCCUGUACUUACUGAGGAAAAUGAAGACAAGUCAACACACGUAUCAUCAGAAGAAAUGAAUUUCAGUCUGAAAUAUAAGAGGAGAAACAUCUUUAAGAAAAAAACACAUAAAACUUGCUAUAGUGGAAUUAUACAAAAAUCAACCAGCACCUUUGGGUGCUUAAGCCUUAGAUCCCUGAAAGAGCUGCCUGAAGUGAAUAAGCCUGCAUUUCUUCUAGACCCUGACAAAUACUUUCAGGAAGAACCAGAAGAGGAUGAAUCUCCAAUUCCAGAGCUUCCUUUGCUCUCUGAAACUUUGAAAGUUGUGUUUGAUGAGAAAAGCCUAUUCCCCAAAGAACUUCUCUAUCAUGAAAGACAAGACAAGCCAUUGUGUCAAGAAGGAAAUGAUGAAAUGAAGAUAAAGCGAAACAAGAAGCAAUUAUAA